AUGGAGCGGAUCCCCAGCGCGCAACCAUCUCCCGCCUGCCUGCCCAAAGCACCGGGACUGGAGCACCGAGACCUACCAGGGAUGUACCCUGCCCACAUGUACCAAGUGUACAAGUCAACACGGGGAAUAAAGCGGAGCGAGGACAGCAAGGACACCUACAAAUUGCCGCAUCGGCUCAUCGAGAAAAAGAGACGUGGCUCACGCUUACGUGACCGGAUUAACAAGUGCAUCGCCCAGCUGAAGGAUCUCCUACCCGAACAUCUCAAACUUACAACUUUGUGUCACUUGGAAAAAGCAGUGUUUCUUGAACUUACCUUGAAGCAUGUGAAAGCACUAACAAACCUAAUUGAUUAUCAGCAGCAGAAAAUCAUUGCCCUGCAGAGCGGUUUACAAGCUGGUGAGCUGUCAGGGAGAAAUGUCGAAACAGGUCAAGAGAUGUUCUGCUCAGGUUUCCAGACAUGUGCCCGGGAGGUCCUUCAGUAUCUGGCCAAGCACGAGAACACUCGGGACCUGAAGUCUUCGCAGCUUGGCACCCACCUCCACCGGGUGGUCUCAGAGCUGCUGCAGGGUGGUACCUCCAGGAAGCCAUCAGACCCAGCUCCCAAAGUGAUGGACUUCAAGGAAAAACCCAGCUCUCCGGCCAAAGGCUCCGAAGGUCCUGGGAAAAACUGCCUGCCAGUCAUCCAGCGGACUUUCUCUCACUCGAGUGGGGAGCAGAGCGGCAGCGACACGGACACAGACAGUGGCUAUGGCGGAGAAUCGCAGAAGGGCGACUUGCGCAGUGAGCAGCCGUGCUUCAAAAGUGACCACGGACACAGGUUCACCAUGGGAGAAAGGAUUGGCGCAAUUAAGCAAGAAGCCGAAGAACCCCACACAAAAAAGAACCGGAUGCAGCUUUCGGAUGAUGAAGACCGUUUCACUAGCAGUGACCUGAUCAGCUCCCCGUUCCUGGGCCCACACCCACACCAGCCUCCUUUCUGCCUGCCCUUCUACCUGAUCCCACCUUCAGCAACUGCCUACCUGCCCAUGCUGGAGAAGUGCUGGUAUCCCACCUCAGUGCCAGUGCUAUACCCAGGCCUCAACGCCUCUGCCGCAGCCCCCUCUAGCUUCAUGAACCCAGACAAGAUCUCGCCUCCCUUGCUCAUGCCCCAGAGACUCCCUUCUCCUUUGCCAGCUCAUCCGUCCGCGACUCUUCUGUCCUGCUCCAAGCUCUGA